UUGGGAUUUGUCAUUUCAAUGGUUUGCGUCAUACUAGUCCUGAUUGUACUGCAACGGAAUAUGGCACACCACCCAUCAGAACAAUCAAGAAAUCCAAAAGACGAUGAAAAAGAUGAAACCGGCGGUCCUACUGCAACUGUACACCCCGGAACACAAUACAUCUACGUGUUUGCCAGUUUGCUUUCGCAAGGUGGCCAUGGCACAUCGAAUCGCCUACCGUAUCGCCUUGUCGCUGGCGUUUGGUGUUUAGCCGCUUUCGUUUUCGUUCAAGCCUACACAUCGACUCUCUUCACUUACGUGGUGACUCCAGUCAACCCUCCGCUAGUCAAAUCCGUUUACGACUUGGCCGACAAAGAGGAUGUUAACGUCCUCGUCCGGAAGGAAGGAAUCAUAGAUAUUUUGGUUUCGGCAAGUGCCUGAAAAUAAUUUCUUCUUCCCACAAAUUCCUGAAUUUCAUUCGAUUCAAUUUAUUAAUAGAAGAAAAACAAAUCAGACUUGCUGUACUCAAUUUUAUGGGACAAAAUCAACUCUUUCUCGCAAUCCCGAUGCAACCUCGUGUCCGACUGCAUGAGUCUGUUAAAACCAGGAUCGAAAAACAUUUUGGUGGACGCAUCGGCUUACCUAAGGGACGCGAUCAGACAAGACUUCAAACAGACGGGGAAAUGCAACUUGCAACUGGCGAGAGAUGGCUUCUCAAAUGCAAUUAUUUCAUUUGCUCUACAGAAAAACAGCAAAUACACCAAGACUGUUGGUCAAGGGAUGUUGGAGCUCAUGCAAACUGCCAUUAUCGACUACUGGGACUUGUGGUUCCGACCGAUGCCACUUCAAUGUCUGGACAACAUCAAAAGCGUUUACAAACCACAAAACAGCAAAACCCUGAAGAUGAAAAAUCGUCCGCCUGCACUGACCCUCAAGAACUUGACCGGGGCUUUUAUUGUCCUUUUGCUUGGAUUCAGUCUAUCCUUUUUGGCUUUCCUGUGCGAACAGAUAAUUUCGAUCCUUAUCCGCCGCAGUCGUCAAUUGCAAAAAUCCCGCAGUAAUACAGGAAAUUCGCAGAACCAAAGAGAGCCCAUAGUCAAAAUGGAGAACGAGAGUCAACAUGAAAAAUGAUUGGCCAAAAAUCACCACAAAGGAGUGGGCACAGUCAACAGUAAAGGCGAGUUUGGAAAUCAAUCGAUAUUAAUUAAUCAAAAUAUGGGCGGUUGCGAAGACGGCAACAUAACGGUUGAGAUCCAAACCGAGUAUAUUUGGAAUCAUAAAAUUGUAAUACUCUUUCGGUUUUGUAGCGAAAAUUUUAGCAAUCCAUGUUCUCUUUGAUCCUCACUUACGAUCCUACUUUUGCUGUACAGUGUUCAUUUAAUAUUAAUCAAUAAGUAAACCGGAAAAAUAGAUUGGUUUACAAAAAUCAAUGUAGCCAAAUAAAUGAAGAAAAAAAAAACAAUUCUUGGGACGCAUUGAAAGUACAGGUGCAAAACUACUGUACCGCAGUAAUGCUACAUUCUCCGCACAAAUAUUUCCUAGCGUAGUCGACGAGAUCAAAUACGAAACGAAAUACACCACAAAAGACAACUCAUAAUAGUUG